AGCAGGGCUGACCGUGGUGGAGCAGAAGCCAUCAGAGCCAUCUGGGCAGAGCAGGGAAUGGCACAGAAUGUAGUCUAUGCUGACCUGAAGUUUGCCACAGCCUCCUCGCCCACCACAACGCCCACCACAACGCCCUGCCCCACAGACCCUGAUGAGAACGACAGCCCCUACGAGAAUGUGCCAGUGGAGACAGCACCCGCCGCACCCAGCCCAGGCCACUGGCUCCGGUCUCAUCGUGUGCCCAGAGGGCUGCUGCCAGCAACCUUGCUGCUCUUGCUGGUGGCCACCGUGGCCCUGGGGGCUUGCUACUGGCAGGUCACUCGCAGGCUGCAGGACACCUCCCGUGAGCACGCCGCCGAGCAGGGCCACCUCUCGCAGCAGCUGAGCGUGCGGGAGCAGAGCCUGGAGCAGACGCAGCUGGAGCUGGCAGGGACCAGAGCGGAGCUGCAGCGAGCGUGGCAGCAGGGAAACAGCAGCCAGCUGGAGCUGAGCGAGCAGAGCGCCAGGCUUGAGCGUGCCAGGCAGGAGCUGGCCCUGCUGCAGAAGCGGCUCAGGGACAGCGAGAGCGCCGUCAGCAGCCUGCGUGCCUGCGUGAACACAGAGUGCUGCCCCUCGGGCUGGGUGCUCUACCGGAGCAAGUGCCUCUUUGUCUCCCGGGAGAGGAAGAGCUGGCGGAGCAGCUGCGAUGACUGCAGGAGGAGGUCCGCUCAGCUGCUGAUCCAAGGCCACUGGCCAUCGUGGACGCUGCCGUAUUUUGUGCAGGCAGAUUAUGGCUGGUACUGGACUGGGGAAGGACAGCAAACGCAUCGUGACAGAGCUGGGCAGAUGGAUGUGAGGGCAAACACGGAGUGCAGUCGGUACCGUGAUUGUCCUGGAAUGUAUCUCGGGAAUAUAGCCAGACGUGAUUGCACUUACCUUUUCCCGUGGAUCUGUGAGAAGCCCCCAGAUCUGGCCAGCUUGUCUUAGAAGAGCCUCUUUCCUUUGCCAUCCGAGGGAUGAACUCUGUGACUCCUCUCCACCACAGACCUGAGCGUCAGGAGCUGGUGGUGCACAGCAAAGACACUCUUCUCCUCCUGCAAAACUACAUCCCUGCACACCUUUGCCUCAGCCACAUUGCAGAGCUCUGGGGAUAGUGGCUGGGAAAGAAGGUAUUUGCACUUCAAAAUAUGGCUAAAGGAAAAGAAA